AUGUACAUUGGCGUCUGCGUUGCAUUUGCUGUGUUUAUCACAGUUGUUGUCAUCCUCGUGCUUAUUAUACGGCGUCGGAACAUGCAAAACCAGGGAGUCUUUGAUAUGGAACCAGGAUCUGAUGGGAAUUUACCUCCACUUGACAGUGACGAGAAAAAAGCAUCGAAAAAUUGCCAAGAUUUAUCACAUUCUUUUCAUAUCUAUCUAUCUAUCUAUCUAUCUCAGUCUGUUCAUAUCUAUCUAUCUAUCUAUCUAUCUCAGUCUGUUCAUAUCUAUCUAUCUAUCUAUCUCAGUCUGUUCAUAUCUAUCUAUCUAUCUAUCUCAGUCUGUUCAUAUCUAUCUAUCUAUCUCAGUCUGUUCAUAUCUAUCUAUCUAUCUCAGUCUGUUCAUAUCUACCUAUCUAUCUCAGUCUCUUCAUAUCUAUCUACCUAUCUCAGUCUUUUCAUAUCUACCUAUCUCAGUCUCUUCAUAUCUAUCUAUCUAUCUCAAUCUAUUCAUAUCUAUCUAUCUCAGCCUGUUCAUAUCUACCUAUCUAUCUAUCAAUAUGAGUCUGUUCAUAUCUACCUAUCUAUUUCAGUCUGUUCAUAUCUAUCUAUCUAUCUCAGACUGUUCAUAUCUAUCUAUUUACUAUUUAUCUAUCUCACUGUUCAUAUCUAUCUAUCUGCACACCUAUCCCUAGCUGCCUACCUACAGAAUGAGUACUACGUUUCCCUCAUCUUCAACCUCUUCCCGACCACCAAUUUUCCCCUUUUUUUUUUCUUCUUCUUUUUCCCCACUUUCUAUACCCCAUUUUUACCCUCCCCUAACUAUCAAUCGCUGUUAUUAAACAAGGCACACUGUUCCUAUCUUCAUCUUCCCAAUUUUCCUGAACCUUCCUUUUUCUGUCAGACACCACCCCCUGGGGGUUAUUUUUAUACUUUUCUUCUUUUCCCUUUAGAUAUGGUUUCAGUCCAACCAGACCUGACACAGACAGUCGUGACAGUACGUACUGCCAGUGUUGACUCCCCAAACAACAAUGUUGAAACACCAGUAGAUAAAACAGCCGUGAUGACCAACAAAUCUCAGCAACUAGCCCAGACACUGACCAAAAGCAACAGCAAACUGCCCGAUCCACCUUUGAACAGCUCCAUUGAGAAACUCACCAUUAAAAGCAAUAAAAAUGCCAUGACAAUGAGUACAAGCAUGAGUAGCUCUCGACCGACAUCAAACGGAGACAUGCAAUCUUCAAAUCGCCUUUCCCUCAUGUCUGGUCUCUUGCCAUGUAACAUCGACAUUGAGGCCGUAACGUGGGGUACCUUCACACAUACAGGUGGUCGUCUGUGUCUGACUGAAUCAGGUGUAAGCCUGACAAUUCCUGAAGGUGCCAUUCGGAAAGGACAAAAUGAAGAUGUCUUCCUUGCAGUAUGCCGAGAUGACAAAGACAGACCUAAAUUAACAGACAAACAAACUAUUCUCAGCCCUGUAAUACUGUGCGGACCUGCAUCAGUCAUGUUGAAGAAACCUGUUGUGAUAUCAUUUCAACAUUGUGCUAAUAUGAGGCAAGGUGCUUGGAUACUGUCCGUCUAUAAUUGCGAUACACCAAUUGAGGAAGCUUCUUAUUGGACAAAAACGGUGACUCUUGGCCAAGAAACAAUCAACACACCAAUCUACACACAACUUGAUCCGAACCACUGCCACAUCAUGACAGAACAGCUUCAACGUUACACACUCAUUGGGGAGUCAGUACCCGGGGGCAGAGCAAUCAAGAUACUGCGACUUGUGGCUUUUGCCCCUGCUAUGCCACCUUCCAUGGAUUACAGCAUUCGAGUCUACGUUGUGGAAGAUACACAAGAUGCACUCGAGGGUGUAAUCCAAGUGGAAAGGAAACUUGGUGGUUGUCUGCUUGAUAAACCCAAACAGAUUCCAUUCCAAGACGGUGGGAAUAAUUUGUGUCUUACCAUUGAAGAACUCUCACAAGGGUGGAGGAGCAAACUAGCAGCCAACUAUCAGCAAUCUCAUAUAGCUUUCCAUUUUUUCUUUCUUUCAUGGCUUUCUUUCUUUUUCUCCUCUCUUCUUAAUAUCUCCCCAUUCUUUCUUUCUUUGGUGAUGUCUCCCCACUUUUUCUUUCUUUGCAUCUUCCUUUUCUUUCUUUCUGAACUUUCUUUAUUUUUUUUAAACUUCCCACUCUUUCCUUCUUUGAUAAUACCUCCCCACUCUUUCCAUAUUCCCUUUCUUUCUAUUUUUCCUUUUCUUUGA